UGCAUUGAACACUGCAUUCCUGUUUGAUUUUUGAGCAAGCUGCAACGGUGGUUGUUUUUGUAAUCUAAAAUUUCGUCCCCUAUCGAGAGGACGAGAUAUUCUCUAUGAUCGUAGCCGCCGAAUUACAGAUCGUCUUCGGGUUUUAAUUUGAAUUAGAGGAGGUGGAGACGCUGAAAGGAAAUGUUUCAACCUGAGAACACGUUCAGGAUUCUGGUCACAUCGAACCUGCAUAUUGGGUACGCUGAGAGGGAACCCGAGCGUAUGCAGGAUGCAGUUAACACCCUACAGGAAAUUUUACGGACUGCCAAAUCGCAGUCGGUGGAUUUGAUCCUCAUAACUGGGGAUUUGUUUAAUGAAUCAAACCCAUCCAGAUGGGCCGUGCACGCGACCAUGAAUGCGCUGCGCAACAACUGUUGGGGCAACGCACCCGUCAGUGUGGAGUGCCUGAACGACUGGUCUAAGCCCCAGAAAGACGGCAGUGUACUGUUGCACGCGCCCAACUUUCUCGAUCCCAACAUCAACGUGGAGAUGCCUGUGCUGGCCAUUAAUGGGUUCAGCGAUGAUCUGUCGGGAUUAGGGAAUCUGUCGGAAUUGGAUGUUCUGGAUCGAGCGGGCUUGAUUGAUUUCUGUGGAAAAGUCACGAGCUCUGACUCCGUGCACAUUCCACCGCUUUUGCUGCGCAAGGGAGAAUCUCUGCUCUGUUUGUACACUCUGGGGGCCGUUCGAGAGGAACUGUUGGAACGACUGAUCAAGGAGAAAAACAUCAGCUUCUCUCGACCGCUGGACAAUGUCGAGGAGACGUGGUUUAAUUUGUUUGCCGUACAUCAGGAUCGCGCCAUGAAGCGCAGCCAGAAGCCCACGGAACCCAUUACCCGCAUUAUCGAACCCUGGAUGGAUCUGGUGAUCUGUGGGCGGGAGCACGAAAGCCUGACGGAAAUCCAACAGCAUCCGCUCGGAUUCCGCUAUAUCCAGCCGGGCAGUACCGUCCGGGUUAAUCUCUCACCGGAUGAAGUGCCGACCAAGCACGCACUCAUUGUGGAGAUCUGCGGGAAGCAGUCGCGUUUACAGGCUGUACCGUUGAAAACCGUUCGACCGAUGAUUCUGGAGCAUUUGAGCUGGGAAGUGCCAGCCGCUGCUGGCGAUCAGGAAGCAGGCACCUCGGAAAAAAGUUUAAUUGAGACCGUAAAAACCGCGGUUAAUACAGCCUUGGAGAAAGCUGGAUUGGAGCGCGAAGGAAAUCCGCAGAUGCCGUGGCCACCGGUUAUGCAGAUGAACGUGGAGAUUACCGGAGAGUAUUUUGUUAAUCCCAUCAAACUGGGUCAGGAAUUUGCGGGAGUGGUGGCCAACCCGAAAAAUAUGUUCAAGAUUGUGUUCAAAAAGGCGAAACAUGUGAAUGGAUUGACAAAUGGCACCACGGAACUGAAUGGGACAGCGGAAUUGAAUGGUACACGCCAUGGUGUAUUGGAAUCAUUGCUUGAUGUCGGGCCGCCGACAAUUGAUGAUUUCUUUCUGCAAAAUUUGCAACAGCAGGAAAAAGAGGGAGAAUUUGGUGUUUUACACCCGAAAAUCAUGAUGAAAGCUAUUGAGUUUCUUCUGGACAAAGACGACAAGCAAGCCAUUCCUGAUGCUUACGACUGGGAGAAAGGUCGCGUGCGCGAGUUUAUCGUCGGAAAGGAAGGUAUUAAUCCCGAUGAAGCCGCCGGCGAUAUGGCCCUCUACCAUAUCGAGCAUCGAUCUCAGGAGGAAGAGGAUCAGUUUGUCUCCCAUCAUGCGGAAGUUCUUGCCCGCCCGCCGAUCAAAAUGACGGUAAAGAAUACCAAGACAUCUGGAAACGGCGCUAUCCCAGCCAUCAAACAAGAGCCUGUCUCACCCACUAUGCCAGGUCCUCUACCGACAGCCACGGCGGUACGCGGCCGCGGUCGUCCCAGGGGCCGUGGUGGUGUCGCGGCUGCCCCACCGGCGCGCGCGAUUAAAGUAGAAAGUGACGAUUCUAUGGAAGCCGAGGUUGUGGAGAUUCCUAGCACUCCGCUCCGCCGCAGUGGCCGUAGUUCAACCGCCCGCGGUCAGCCCAUGUACGACGGGAUCGAUGGGGAGGAGGAUAAUGCUUCGGAUGGAUCGGAGGAAUUCCUGCCCAACAAAUCCGCACGUACCAGCCGGAACCAGACGGCUGGAGGCAAGCCUGGUUUUGCCAUCCGCGGAGGACGGGGAGGAGUGCCGGAAGAAAUACCACAGCUGGCACCGGCGCCGCGGUGGUGUAUGCGACAUCUUACAAUCCGCAGCCCGUGAAGACCGUCGUCUCGCCGUCGAUCCGGGGCGGCCGGCGACCGUAGCGCCACCGCGGGCCAUUGCGGUGGCGCCGCCGGCAAUUCGUACGAUCAGUCCGCGUGGACGUGUAGCACCGCGCCCCGCCGUGCCCGUUACGGCGCCACCGGUCGCCGCGGCACCAAACAAUGGCGUAGUAUGGAGAAUCGUCAGCACCACGAAUGUGCCCACGGCGACGGCGCAGACACCAUCCACGAGGCCGAUUAUCGUGCAGGGUGUGAAUACGAUGACGAGUAGUCGAGGUCGCGGUCGUCCGCGAAAAUCACUGGGAUACUAGGGCGUUGUUUGUUUUUUCCUUGUUUUUGUUAAGCACCACUAUUGUUCAUUACCAUUUGCAACUUCAGAAUGAUGUUUUUUUUCUUCGGAUCUUCAGUUACAUUAACUUGAAUGGGAAUUUAUCUGCCGUUACCAGAAAUUUUUUUGGUUGCAGAGUUUCUGAAGCGCAGUAGCAAAUUUUUCACUGCAGUUGGUGGGUCAUGGAAUGGGCGUUUUCACAUGUUGAAUAUUGGUGUGGUUUAGUGUUUGUAAUACAUGUGUAAUUAAAUACGUUGACAAUUUG